GUCGCAGUUCCGGCUGCACUUAUUCCAGAUGGUGCGCGAUCGGGAAGGUCAUAAACGUCGAUCGGUCGACAAUCAUUGACCGUCUUGGCUACGCUGCACGCGGACACAGCGCGGACCGACCGUUACAACGGAAAGAUUUGCUGGUCCAAAUGGCCGUGACAUGCAUUCAAGUCCCGGGGUGCAUGUCACUGUUGCCAUGGCCCAGUUGAUUAGCUCCGGCAUAGAUCAUAUAAAGGCAAGGCCAUGAUUUUUCUCCGUUCAGCAGCUUUCUUAUACACUUCCGGCCUCGCAUCUGCGCAUAUUAUCAUGUUCCUUCCACUCAUUACACUCACGCUCCCUAUUCUUGCCCUUGCGGCUCCUCUUUCCCGUCGACUUGAUACCUCGAGCUAUUGUGGUCACUGGGACACCAUCCCUGCCGGCUCAUACACCGUCUUGCUUGACCAAUGGGGCACCAAAGGCGCAACCGGACAGUCCUGUGCUCAAUUGACCUCCCUCAGCGGUUCGAACCUUGCUUGGGUCACCGACUGGACGUGGUCUGGCGGAAACGGCAUCAAGAGCUACACGAACGUGCAGCUUGACAAAGGCGUCAACCAACAACUCUCGGCUAUCAAAAGCAUGCCAUCGGCUUGGUCGUGGAAACAGACCACCACCGGAAAGGUUGUCGCAGACAUCGCAUACGACUUGUUCACCUCGACUUCGGUCGGGGGCUCUAACGCGAACGAAAUCAUGAUUUGGCUCGCCAACAUAAACGCCGGCCCCAUAUCAUACAACUGGAACGCUGACGGCACCGCGAAGCCCGUCGCGACUGGCGUUUCUAUCGAGGGACACACUUGGGAUGUGUACCAUGGCUCAAACAACGCCAAUCCCGUUUGGUCAUUCUUGCCAACCUCCAAUGCCCAAAUUACCAACUUCAGCGGCGAUAUAUACAGCUUCUUCAAGUACCUCAUUUCGAAGCAAGGCCUUCCCUCUUCUCAAUAUCUUAAGACCGCACAAGCUGGUACAGAAGCAACCUCCGGAAGCGCAGGGCUGACAACGACUAGGUACAGUCUCGCAAUCGAGUGAACCAACAGAUUCCAUAUACUCGAAUUCUCUUGAUAUGGUUAUAAUCCAUCAUCGUGUGCCCAUUCAAAAUGACGUUUC